CUGGCGCGCGGUGGCGGGACCCCUACAGCGAUCUCAGCAAGGGCGUGCUGCCGAGCCGGACCGUGGAGGAUGUGCUCACGCCCCUCGAGGACUGUUUCAUGCUGGACGCCAGCACCGUGCUGGACUUUGGCGUCCUGGCCAGCAUCAUGCAGAGCGGGCACACGCGCAUCCCCGUGUACGAAGAGGAGCGCUCCAACAUCGUGGACAUGCUCUACCUCAAGGACUUGGCCUUCGUGGACCCCGAAGACUGCACACCGCUCAGCACCAUCACUCGCUUCUACAACCACCCACUCCACUUCGUCUUCAAUGACACCAAACUGGACGCCGUCCUGGAGGAAUUCAAGCGAGGGAAGUCCCACCUGGCCAUCGUGCAGAAGGUGAACAACGAGGGCGAAGGUGACCCCUUCUACGAGGUGCUGGGCCUGGUCACCCUGGAGGACGUCAUCGAGGAGAUCAUCAAGUCUGAGAUCCUGGACGAGUCUGAAGACUACCGAGACACCAUGGUGAAGAAGAAGCCUGCUUCUCUGAGUGCUCCUCUCAGGGCAAAGGAGGAAUUCUCCUUGUUCAAGGUGUCUGACAAUGAAUAUAAAGUGAAAAUCUCGCCUCAGCUGCUCUUGGCCACCCAGCGCUUCCUUUCCCGAGAGGUGGAUGUAUUCAGCCCACUGCGGAUCUCCGAGAAGGUUCUGCUGCACCUGCUGAAGCAUCCCAGCGUCAAUCAGGAAGUGAGGUUUGACGAGAACAACCGCCUGGCUGUGCACCAUUACCUAUACCAGCGCAGCCAGCCAGUGGAUUACUUCAUCCUCAUCCUGCAGGGCAGGGUGGAGGUAGAGAUUGGGAAAGAGGGCCUGAAGUUUGAGAACGGGGCCUUUACCUACUAUGGAGUGUCUGCCCUGACGGCGCCGUCCUCCGUCCACCAGUCCCCGGUGUCCUCGCUCCAGUCCAUCCGCUACGACCCGCCGCCUGAGCCCGCCGAUGGCACCCGCUUGUCUGCGUAUUGUCCUGACUACACCGUGAGGGCCCUCUCUGACCUGCAGUUCAUCAAGGUCACGCGGCUGCAGUACCUCAACGCACUCCUGGCUACCCGAGCCCAGACCCUGCCGCCGUCCCCUGAGAACGCGGACCUUCAGGCCAUCCCAGGCAGCCAGACCAGGCUCCUCGGUGACAAGACAGCCACCACGGCAGGGUCCAACCACAGCAGACCCGGCCUCCCAGCGGAGGACAGCCCAGGGCGGAACCCAGGAGUUUAACGCUUGCCAGGCCGCCCCAGGCCUGGGGAACGGACAAGCACGUGGGGAACUGGAGCGGCUUCCUGCCAGCCUGUCCCCACCCCUGCAGGCCACGUUUUAGGUGGCCCUCGUAGGUGCGGUCCUGGCUGUCCUCAGAACCAGACGUCAGUGCCAGGAGCCUUCAGGUCCUGCCCCCCUUCGGGAGAUGGGGGUCAGCCAGGGCCCAGCCCCGAGUCUGCUUCCGACCGGAACGAAAGGAACAGCAUCAUCUCCAGUCCCUGGGGCCCAGCCUCCCUGUGACAGUGCAGUGUGUUUAUACCUCUUCCGGCCAAGCCACGACGUGAGUCCACGAUUACCGCCUCUGUGUGGCGGUGACCUGUACUCUCUGCUUCUAAGUUGCCAACCUGCUGCAGGCAGCACUUUUUGAUCAAACCAAGAGCACCAGUUUGGGCUGGGGGUUCACAUCCACGGCCUUGGCCACUCACUGGUGACCUUUUUGGCUUCCCACACAAUGCCGUGCUUCAGAGCUCGCACCCAGCCUGUCCUUUGUGCCAAACCGACAAGCUGGUCUGUCCUAGCAGUCCCGCUCCCUCCUGUGGAGGUGGCUUUCCCGACCCCUCCCCUGGCCCUGAGUGAGCGUGCUGGCCCCGGUGGGACUGGGGAGCGCGCUGCCACUCCCGCGCCUGCCUUGCUUCGUCACCACUGACAGUAUUGUCAUUUUCUGUGUUUCAAGAAGAGGUCACACGUGGGAGAAAGUUGCACCUAAUCCUUUUUUGUUGUCAGAUUCCAGGGAGGGUAACCACCUAUUGACCUGUUUUGUACCUUCCUGCGAGGCCCAGGGGGGUGCUGUGUGGUGUAAGGUGCCUGGACAGCAGCGAGGGAGGCGGGGGCUGGUUGUGGACCAGGUAGAUCCCCAUCACCUUGUUUAGAGAGAAGAACAUGAAAUCAGAGUUCUCUGAAACAUUUCAGGCUCUUUGCUUUCUUGCUUUUCUAGCUCUGGGGUUUAAGAGAAGUGGGAACAGGAAGGCAUUUGUCUUGUCUUCUGGUUCACCUAAAUUCACCUUCCAUGGUGCUGCAGCUGCCUAGGAACCGGGGCAUCACAGGGAUCUAGGAUAGGGAGGGAUUUUUCUCAGAGGAAUUUGGGUCCUUAUCCAGGAUCAGUGGGAAGGAGGGCCAAAAAGCAAUGGCAUGCUCGUUUAGAAAUUGUUCUCAAGGAAUUCUCUCCAAGAGCAAACCCAGGUGGGAAACAGAUACUUUAAAAUGAUCUCUCUCCAGAACAGUGGUUCUUAACCUUGGCUGCACGUUGAAAUCACAUGGCAAAUUAAAAAACUGAUACCUGCCCCCCCCACCCCAAAGGGGUCCUGAUUUAAUCAGUCUGGGCGUCAGGGUUUUAUGCUUUGAAAUAAUUUUAGAUACACAGACGAUUUCCACAUAUUAUUCACACCAGCUUCCCUGAAAUGUUCAUAUCUUACAUAACUUUGUUACACUUAUUAAAACUAAAAAAUUAAUGUUGGUACAAACCAUUAACUAAAUUACAGGCUGUCUUGAAUUUUUACCGGUUUUUUUUUCCAGUAAUACCCCUUUUCUGUUGCAGGAUCCAGUCCAAGAUAGCAAGUUGCAUUUAGAGCUAUUCCUGCCACCCUCCCUAACCCCCGUCCCAACUAACUUUAUUUUGAAAUAAUUACAGAGUCGUAGGAAGUUGCAAAGAUAGAGGACCCACGUACUCUUCACCAGUUUUCCUCAACGGUUACAUCUUACUUACCAUACAGUACCAAAACCAGGACUCAGACACUGCCACCAUGUGGGUGUGUAGUUCUGUAGCAUCUUACCACCUGUAGAUUUGUGUAACCACCACUGCAGUCUAGAUGCAGAACUGUUCCCUCACCACAAGUUAUCUCCCUCCCACCACCCUGUUAGAACCACACCCACCCCCUCCAGCCACUAUCCUUAAUCCCUGGCAACCACUAAUCUGUUCAUCAUCUCUAUAAUUUUGUCAUUUCAAGAAUGUUAUGUAAAUGGAAUCCUACAGUAUGUAACCAAUGGGACUGGCUUUUUUCACUCAGCAUAAUGUUCUGGAGACUCAUCUAGGCUGUUGCAUGUGUCAGUCGCUCAUUCCCUUUUUAACUGCUGUGUGGUAUUCCCUGUAUACUCACUGUCUCGUUUAAGGACAUCUGGGUGGUUUCCAGUUUUUGGCUAUUCCCAAAUAAAGCUGCUAUGAACAUUCAUUACAGGUUCUUGUGCAAACAUUGGCUUUCUUUUUCUCUGAGCUAAAUGUCCAGGAGUGCAACUACCAAGUUGUAUGGUCAUUGCAUAUUUAGGUUUUAAAAGAAGCUUCUGGUGGGCAGGGUAUAGCGCAGAGGGAGAGCACGUGCCUAGCAUGCACGAGGUCCUGGGUUCAAUCACCAGUACCUCCAUUAAAAAGGAAGGAAACCGCCAAACUUUCAGAGUGGCUGUACGAUUUUACAUUCCCACCAGCGAUGAGUGAGCGCUUUUCCAAAUCCUCUUGGAUUUGGUAUUGUCACUGGUUUUUAUUUUAGCCUGGUAGGGAGGUAGUGCUAUCUCAUUGUGGGUUUUAUUUGCAUGUCCAUGAUGGCUGAUGUGUAUUUUUUCACGUGCUGCUUUCACUUUGUGGAAUGGCCUUUGCCCGUUUUCUAAUUAGAUUGUUUCGUUUUUUUAUUGCUGAGAUUUGAGUUCUUCAUAUGUUCUAUAUAUAAUGAGUAUAUUGUCUACAUAUAGUAUGUGCAUUCUAAAUACUAACUUUCUUGGGUUUUCGGUUUGCACGUAUUAUCUCCCAAUCUAACUUAUUCAUCUUAACAGGAUUUCUUACAGAGCAAAAUUUUAAAUCUUGAUGGAGCCCAACUUACCGGUUUUUUCUAUAAUGGAUUAUGCUUUUGGUGUCAUGUCUAAGAAUUCUUUAUCUAGUCCUUAAUUGUGAAGGUUUUUUGUUUUUCUAAAAUUUUUAUAGUUUUUAAUUUGCAUUUAACUGAUCCAUUAUUGAGUUAAGGUGUUGUGUUUUGGGGGUGUUUUUGCCUAUUGGUGUCCAGUUCCUCCAGCACCAUUUGUUGUAAAGCAUAUCUUUCCUCCGUUGAAUGACUUUCACGUCUUUGGGCAUAUUUGCUGUGUCUGUUUCUGGGUUGUCUGUUCUGUUCUGUUGACUGAUGGGUCUGUCCCCCCACCGGCACCACACUGUUUUGAUUGCUGUAGCUGUUUGUUUAAUAAGUUCUGAAAUUGGGUGGACUUUGUUCUUUCCUAAAGUUGUUUUGGCUUUUUAAGUUUUACAAUAAUCUUGUUUACAUCUACAAAAAAAAUCUUGCUGGGAUUUUGGAAGGAAUUGGAUUAAACCUGUGUAUCAGUUUGGGUGGAACUGA